AUGUUUGUUUGGGUUCGGAUGGUCUGCAGGAAGUUGAGUAUGGUGGAGAAGCGGAUUAGAUCCGUGUUGGUGCUUUCGGUCACAGUAUCCCUUCUUUUCUAUUAUACGUUUGAGAAUGAGAUAGAUAUGUUGAAUUCGUAUGCAGAGACGGAGUUGCUGCCGCAGAUUAGCCGGGGGAAUGUGCAUGGGGGAGGUGGCGGUGAUGGGGUAUUGAAGGAUGAAGGGAUUGGCCGUGGCAUUGAGGAUGGGGCCAGUGAACUGAGUGAUGUGGAGACGGUGGUGCAGAAGAAUCGGUAUUUCCCGUUACUUUUGGAGCAUUGGGAGAUGUGGGAGUCGGAGGUAGCGAGACCUGCACUGCCGAAGCAGCUGAACUACUGGACGAUUCUGCCCAAGGUGUUUCUCAAGACGGGCGGUGGCGGGGUUAAGCAGGAUGAGGACCGGACGCUUGUGUCGCGGGGAGUGGUGCAGGCGGACCAUGAUGGGGCAGGGACGGGUGAGGACAAGAUGAAGCUGGCAGCGAUAAAGGCCGUGUUUGACAAAGAUUGGGAGCUGUAUAAGCAGUCUGCAUGGGGCCACGAUUAUGUACGGCCUCUGUCGCGGGCGGCUACGGAUAGCACGCAUUUUGCAACCACGAUGAUUCUGUCGCUUGAGGCACAUUACCUAAUGGGCGCGCAGGAUGAGGUGUCACAUAUUCUAGAGUAUCUUUCGACGUUCAACUUUGAGCUGGGGGGGUUGCCUGCCCAGUGGAAGGCAACCACAGAUCCCACACUGGGCGCUCUGCUGGGUGCCUACGAGCUAAUACAGAACCCGAUCCUGUUAGAGAAAGCGGAGGAGCUGGCCAAUAUAAUCAUACAUGCAUUUGAUACACCUCCAUUUGUUCCCCUGGUGCCAUUCGACGUCCACUCACCAUUAAGAAACCGGUACCCUUAUCGCAGAAGUGCUGUGGCAGAAUUAGCUGGGGUGAGCGUUGAAUUCACUCGGCUCACUCAGCUAACAAAAAACCCAAAAUACUUCAAUGCUGUCUAUAAUAUGUACUCCAUGGCCCGUAACUCCAACGGUCAUUUUGACCUUCCUGGCCUUAUAACAGACUUUGUGGAUCCUAGUGGUUGUGAACUUGCUACUAUUGGUGAUGACAACGCAGCUGCCGCGGGUAUGAAGACUAUAUACAAUGGCAAAUACGUCAAUUGCCUUUCUGUCAACGCAUUCCAAUACCCUGCAGGGACUCACAACACUGGGGCCGAUAAUGCCGUCUCAGAUGCCGCAUGGGUUCACGAAAAUCGCGUAGAAUAUUAUUCCUGGGAUGGGCUGGAAGCUUGGUACAGAAGCUUGCUGGAAAUGUCUCAAUUGAUAGUGGAUCCAGAAUUUUCGGAGAAAUUUGGCAAAAUGUUCACAGACGCUAUGAAUGCCAUAAUCAAAUACAUGCUUUUUGAACCAGCUCUCCCAAAACCCAACAGUAGCGAGAAGACCCCUCAGAGUCAAAUCAGGCUGUUGAGUUCCGUGAGAACAUGGUCUCACGACGAAGUACUGGAGCACUCGAAUAUUGUCAAAGUAAUGCGGCAGUUUGAUAUGUCCUCCAAAAGUUGUUCCUUUCCUGGAAUGUUAGCUCUAGCUUCCAAAGUCUUUCCAGAGUUUGAAACUCAAUACAUCACCGCGGCAAAAGAAGUGCUGGAAGGGUGUUUCCGGAUCCACGAUAUCCUCGGCGUCAUCCCGUCCAGCCUUCAUUUGGAUGUGUGCCCAGAGCCUGGCUGCUUCUUUGAUAGCGAUGCUAAACGUCAAAAAAUAAAAGACGGAUACUACAAUGAAAACAAUGGGAAAAAGGCAAUAGUUGACGGUAUCAAAAUAACGCAGAGUUCCAAAGAUAGGCUGCAGGAUGACGAUUCUGAGGAAGAGCAACAAGAGGCACAAUACGUCUUUGUGGAUGGGGCACUGCCAUAUACACUGAACCUAGAGUCUUGGGACGAAAACCGUCCUCUUUUCAUAAAUGCCUGGAAUAAUACGUACAACCUCGACAGCAAUCUAGUAGAAAGCUUAUUCUACAUGUACCGCAUCACCGGAGAUUCCUCAUGGAGACAGGUCUCCUGGAGCCUGUGGGAAUCGACAAUGAACAAACUAACAGAACAUAGCGCUAAAGGUUAUAAAGAAUUAAAAACGUCGACUUACGAAGAUGUCUUCCUAGAUACCCGAGCAGAUCAAAUGCCCCCAGAAUGGUUUUCAAAAACAUUAAAGUACUACUAUCUGAUGUUCAGUAACGAGUCUCAGGUUGCAAACUUAAAUGAAUGGAUCAUCUCUUCUAAAGGAAAUAUGUUUCACAAACCCACGUAA